AUGAGGCGCUACCACAGUAGCAAAUCUGUGGAUUUUCAUUGGUUGGACGUGGGCUAUGCAAGAUUGGCUCGCGCUCUGUCUCUGGCAUGCCAUUGGCUGAUUCUCUCCCUCUCGCCCACUGCCAGCCCCAUCAGGUGUGGGAACAGUCGCUGCACCUCCAACCCAGUGUGUGGAAAGAGAUUCAAUGAGAGUGCUCAUCUUCAACAGCAUCAGAGAACCCACACAAAGGAGAAGCCUUUUGAAUGCUCAGUGUGUGGAAAGAGAUUCAGUCAGAGUGGCAGUCUUCAAUAUCAUCAGAAAACCCACACAGGGGAGAAGCCUUUUGAAUGCUUGGAGUGUGGAAAGAGAUUUCAUACAAGUGGCCAUCUUGAAAAGCAUCAGAGAACCCACACAGAGGAGAAGCCUUUUGAAUGCUUGGAGUGUGCAAAGAGAUUUAGUACGAGUGGCAGUCUACAAAAGCAUCAUAGAACCCACACAGGGGAGAAACCUUUUGAAUGCACAAUGUGUGGAAAGAGAUUCAGUGAGAGUGGUCAUCUUCAACAGCAUCAUAGAACCCACACAGGGGAGAAGCCUUUUGAAUGCUCAGUGUGUGGGAAGAGAUUCAGUCAGAGGGGCAGUCUUCAAACGCAUCAUAGAACCCACACAGGGGAGAAACCUUUUGAAUGCUUAGUGUGUGGAAAGAAAUUCAGUGAGAGUGGCCAUCUUCAACAGCAUCAGAGAACCCACACAAAGGAAAAGCCUUUUGAAUGCUCAGUGUGUGGAAAGAGAUUCAGUCAGAGUGGCAGUCUUCAAUAUCAUCAGAAAACCCACACAGGGGAGAAGCCUUUUGAAUGCUUGGAGUGUGGAAAGAGAUUUAGUACGAGUGGCCAUCUUCAAAAGCAUCAGAGAACACAUACAGGGGAGAAGCCUUUUGAAUGCUCCGAGUGUGGAAAGAGAUUCAGUCAGAGUGGCAGUCUUCAAACGCAUCAGAGAACCCACACAGGGGAGAAACCUUUUGAAUGCUCAGUGUGUGGAAAGAGAUUCAAUCGGAGUGGCAAUCUUCAAGAGCAUCAGAGAACUCACACAGGGGAGAAGCCUUUUGAAUGCUCAGAGUGUGGAAAGAGAUUUAGUACGAGUGGCAAUCUUCAAAAGCAUCAGAGAACCCACACAGGAGAGAAACCUUUUGGAUGCUCAGAGUGUGGAAAGAGGUUCAGUCAGAGUGGCAGUCUUCAAACGCAUCAGGGAACCCACACAGGGGAGAAACUUUUUGAAAGUUCAGAGUGUGGAAAGACAUUCAGUCAGAGUGGCCAUCUUCAGUAUUAUCAGCGAGCCCACACAGGGGAGAAGUCUUUUGAAUACUCAGAGUGUGGAAACAGUUUCCCGAAGUGCGGGCGAGGGAGCAGCAGUGGUGGCCUUUUUGGACAUAAGUUCAACCUGCUGACAGCCUGCACCCGCGCUGAGUGA